AUGCUUCUCUUACCUAUCGUAGCUGCACUCGCAGUCGGGGCGAGCGCGAAACCUCAGCUUGACGCUCAGACACACCAGCGGCUGCUGCAUCAGGGACGUCCACAGGUAGCGCUUUGGCAGGCGUUGUUACGGGAGCAGCACGACGCAGAUCACUCCGCACAAACUUCAUUCAGGCCUACUAGUCCCCUCGCCAGAUCCCACUGCUUCCCACAGAAGAUUAGCCAUUUCGACGAGAGCAUCAACGGUACUUUCUGCCAGCGGUAUUGGCUCGAUGCCAGUCAUUACAAGCCUGGGGGACCUGUCUACCUGCUGGAUGGCGGCGAGACUAGCGGCGAGAACAGGAAUCCGUUCUUGGAAACUGGCAUUUUGGAAAUUCUGGGCAAUGCGACUGACGGACUUUCCAUCGUCCUGGAGCAUAGAUAUUACGGAGACUCGGUACCGGUCGAGUCUUUCUCCACUGACGACCUUCGUUUCCUCAACAACGCCGAAGCCCUUGAAGACUCUGCCUACUUCAUUGAGAAUUUCAAACCCCCCUCUUCCCUCGACCUGGACGAAUACUCUUUCCAUCCCAACAACACUCCCUGGAUCUACUAUGGCGGGUCAUACGCUGGUGCGAGGGCGGCGCAUAUGAGGGUGCAGUACCCGGAUCUGGUAUGGGGUGCUAUAGCGUCUUCCGGCGUCACCCACGCUCAAGUCGUCUUUCCCGAAUACUACGACCCCAUCCAGCAAUACGCUCCCCCAGAAUGUAUAUCCACCCUCCAAUCGGCCGUAGCCUUCAUCGACACUAUGCUUGACCACCCUAAGGUUAUGAAAGAUGCGUUGAAGGGACUAUUUGGGCUUGGAGUGUUGGGGGAUGGUGAUUUUGCGGAUGUCAUUAGUUCGCCGUUGGGGUAUUGGCAGGCGAAGAAUUGGGAUGAUGAAGUUGGGUCGAUGGAAUUUUACGAGUUUUGCGAUGCCCUUACCGCUGGCGGCGCUGGUAGCAAGAUUGGGCUUAUCAGCGUGCCCGCGUCGGUGCUGAACUAUGCCAAGUAUAUAAAAAAAACUGUCGUUGCGGAAUGUCCCUCGGACGACGUCGAUGAUUGUUUCGGCAGCGACGACGUGGAAAAGUUUAGAUACACAGACUUGAGCCAGACAUGGAGGCUGUGGAUCUUCCAAGUCUGCACCCAAUGGGGCUACUUUAUGCCCGCUCCUCCCGCCCCUCUCCCCACCAUAGUCUCCCGCCACCUCACCCUCGCCUUCACCCAACAAAUCUGCCCCGCCGCCUUCCCCCCUGGCAAAUUCUUCUCCAUCCCCGACGUGCCCGAUGUGGAGGAAGUGAACAAGAGGGGUGAUUAUGGGAUUGAAGCGGAUAGGCUGGCGUUUAUUGAUGGGGAUCGGGAUCCGUGGAGGGUUGUUACGCCGCAGAGUGAUUUGGCGGAGAGGAGGAAGAGUUCGGUGAAUAGGCCUGUGCAUAUUAUCUUUGACGGAGUCCAUCACUACGACGAAAACGGUAUAACCGACCACUCGAAAGAACCGGCACGGAUCAGGGAUGUGCACGAGUUUGAAAAGCUGUUUGUGAGCGAGUGGCUUGCGCAGUGGAAGGAGGAGAAGCUUGGGCGGGGGAAGGAUCUGGUUUGA